AUCAAUCAGUGUUUUCUUACCAUCAUUGGAACACAUUUUCUUGGUGUAUUGAUAAUGUUACAAAUGACAUUUGAAUGGCUCGCUUCAGUUACUGGUAUGUUAUAUGCAUUUUGUCCAAGUAUUAAAACUAAUGAACUAUGGCUACGACUCAUUGUAUGUCAUAUGUGGAGUAGUACAUUUAUGUACAAUCUAUUCAUUAUGUUCAGUAAAUAUAAUGUUAUGUCAAUGUUGAUAGAACGAUGUUUCCAACUAUUUUAUCCUAAUAAAAAUAUACUCGACUAUCCACGAACUGUUGUUGCAUCCUAUUGUUUCGCCAUGAUAUAUAUCACAGCAAUUAAUUUGAGAUUUACUGUCCUAGUUCAAAUAGAUACAAAUGGUAAGUGUGUAACUGUAGGACAAAAUCCUGCAGAUGAAUUCCAUCUUCAACAACUAUUAAUUUUUGGUUAUUUAUGCCUAGUAUUACUGUUGAUUUUACCGGCUAUUGUCAUAACAACUUGUUAUAUUCUAAUAUUAAUUCAUUACAUAAAAAUCAAACGUGCGAAUAAAAACUUCCGAGGUUUCAAUCCAUCAAAUCAACAGCAUAUUCUAAUGUUACUUAUAAUUAUUUGGUCUUUCGAAUCAACGACAGCAAAUAUUUUAGAUAUGGUUAUUUUUUAUUAUUUUCAAAAUUAUGGUUACAUUGAAAAAUCACGUAUAAUAUUCAGUGCAACUGAAUUAGUACGUAUAACCUAUUUCGUCAGCCGAACACUUAGCUUACUUAUUUUUAUUCAAGCAAUUCGUGCCAAAUUCAUUGAACAUUUCACAUUUAUUACUGGUUCCUGUUUGAAAAUAUUUAAACGUCGUUGAAUGGGACAUCUUUGCAAAGUGAUGUGAACUUACCUAUUUUUCCAUAAAUGUUAAUCUAAUUAGUCAUAAUAUCUAUUUCCCCGGAAUUAAAUGUUUAUGAGCGUGAUCUGCUGAAAUGUUUUAUUGUUACUAAUAAUUUCUAGUUUAAAUCACUGUUUUUGACUUUCAAUGUAUCUUUUAUUCAUAAAAACUGUCAUAACUUAUAAAAUGAGGAUUUCAGAAGUUUGACAAUUAUUGCACUUUUGUAAACUUGUUCCCGAUUGUAUGAAUAUUAUUUGUUUCUCAGCUGAAAAGCUAUCUGUUUGAAGAUUGUUAAAUGAACAGUAAAGUGGCAAUUGAUAACUGUUUCUUAAUUGUAAUCAUUUCACCUGAUACCAUAUUAAUAGUAAUAAUAAUAAUAAAACAGCCUUAACUGUCAGCUCAAGAUGUAUCACUAAUUUGCGAGGCAAUUAUUAAUAUCAAGUUGUUCAGGUUUUCCAUUAUUAUUUCUUCGAAACAUUCAAAAAGAUUCUAGAAAAAAAACUAAUGUUGUGAAGCUACAAGGUUCAGGGUAAUCAACAAUUUUCUGGAGAGGCUUUUAUUAUUCAUUAUUGUACAUGAAUCAUUAGGUGAUCACAAAUAUAAUGUCAACAACUCAAGAAUUAAGUUGGGUAAAUAUUGACAAUUCUAAGAAAUUCCAUUUGAUUUAUUUUUUAUCUUUAAAUUUUCACAAUACUUGUGUUUUAUAAAUUAAAUUCAUUUAUAUUAUUCAUAUGUAAACGGAUUGUAUCACUUUUAAUAUUGAUAAUAACAUACUUGAUAAAUGUGAUCAGAUGAUAUAAUGAAAACAAACGAAGUAUAAAAGGAAAUAAAAAUUUGUAAAAUUUA